GAAGUUCCUGACGGUCCAUCACUGUCCCAAACAAAAGAAAAACUCUCAAACCACUCUCACAUGGAGAAGUACACAUCCAUCUUUUGUACACUCAAGGCUAGCAUCUUCCUACUGCUGUUAGCCAUUGCCAUCACAUGUUCCAGCUCAGCUCGGAUUCUGGAUGAGGAUCUGCCACCGGAGGCCCCAGUCACCACACCCGAUUUGUCGAAUCCGGUUGUGCCACCUGUCACUGAUACCACAGCUCCACCGGUUGUUGCUACAGUGGCCCCCACACAACCAAAUGUUAGUGGGACUACUACUACUACUAGUACUGCAAAUGUAGCCAAUGGUGAGCCCCACCACCCAUUGACCUUCUUCAUGCACGACGUGCUAGGUGGGUCACACCCCUCAGCUCGACUCGUGACGGGGAUCAUCGCAACCUCAUCUGUCAACAGUCAACUCCCCUUCGCCAAAAACAACGGCGGUGUCCUCCCAAUCAAUGGUGGCGUACCACUCCUCAACGGCAAUAAUGGCAUUAUCAACAAUAACAACAACAUUCCAUUCCUGACUGGCCUCGGCGGCCAGACGACGACGUCCAUCAAUGGUAACAACGUUAACAGUGGCAACACCCUUCCGUUUGUAAUGGCGGGCCAGCUCCCGGUGGGGUCCACCCUUCAGAAGCUUAUGUUCGGGACCAUAACGGUGAUCGACGAUGAGCUGACCGAAGGACACGAGCUGGGGUCGGCCAUGAUCGGUAAGGCGCAAGGGUUCUAUGUAGCCAGCUCAGAAGAUGGCACCAGCCAGACCGUGGCGUUCACCGCCUUGUUUGACGAUGACCAUUACACCGAUAGCCUUAGCUUCUUCGGGGUCCACCGCAUCGUGUCAGCCGAAUCACAAGUGGCCAUUGUGGGUGGAACAGGGAAGUAUGCAAAUGCUAAGGGAUAUGCUGCAAUCCAGACACUUCAUCCGGUGGACCAGCAUACAACUGAUGGUGUGGAGACUCUCCUGCAGUUCACAGUCUAUCUUUCUUACUAGUUGGAUAUCAAGGUGGUUUGGUCAUGUAUCUAUAGGAACUUUGGCUUAUAGCCUUCUUUCAAGUAUUUUAUGAUUUGGGUGUAAGGAAA